AUGAAUAAAGAAAAUAUAGAAAAAUUAUUGAGUAUAAUUGAUAUAUUAGACAAAAUAACUAUCUCUAAUGAAGCACAAAAUAAAAGUGAAAAUAAAUUAAAAAGCUUUAUUUCAGGUGAGUUAUCAAGAGCAUUUGAUAGCUCACACAAUCAAAGUUCUUUAUUUCCAUUAAACUAUGAACAUGAUGAAAAUGAUUCUAAUUUAAAUAAAAUAAUUAAUGAAAUGAAAACAACAAAAAGUUUUUUUUAUAUGAACAAAUCCAACUUGGGUGAAGAGGAAUCUAAAAUAAAUGAUAAAAAUAAUUCUUUAAGAAAAGAUAUUUGUUCAAUAAGUCCAAGAGAAAAAAGUAAUUCCGCAAAAUUAAGUUAUUUAUCAGAUGAAAAAAAUAAAAAAAUUAAUACUAAUCCUAUGAUAAAUGAAAAUGAAGAUAAUUAUACAGAGUUUAAUAGAACGUAUUUAGAUUUAAAAAGAGUUAAGACAAUCAGUAAGGAUGAUGCUUCAAAAAAAACAAACUAUAAUGAACAAAUAGAUAAAGUAAGCUCAAGAGCAAGUGAUAUGUUUUAUUUUAUUAAAGCAGAGACAGAUAAUUUCGCAUCUAAGAGAAAUUCUUUAAAUAUGCUAAGGGAUUAUUUUAGUGAUACUGAAUUAUUAUUAUUCAAUAAUAAUAAUGAAAAAAAAAAAAAAUUGUUAAAAAUGCUAAAAAAAAAAGAAUUGAGAAAAUAUAAUAAUUUAAAAUUAAGAAUUAAUUCAUUAGAAAGUACAACAAAAAUUGCUCAAUCGAAGAAAUAUAAAACAAUAAAAGAUCAAAUUGAAUCAGAUGGACAUUUGGAUCAUAGAAUUAUUGGCCAAUUAUUUGAAAAAAUUAUUGAGCAUCUAAAUUUUAAUUUAAAAGAAACUUUAAAUGGAUACAUAAAAGAGAUCAAUAAAUUAAGUAAAACAAACGACAAUUUAAAUAAUAAAUUAGAAACAGCUGUUGAAAAUAAUGAUGAACAAGCUCAAGAAAUAAGAGAUUUAAAUAAGAGAAUAAAAUUAAUAGAAGAACAAAAAUUAGAAUUGAAUAAAGUUAUAGAAAAGUAUGAAUUUGAAAUAGAUAAUUCAAAGAAAUUAGAAAAUAAAAUGCAGAGUAAUGAAAAACAAAGAAAUGCUCUUGGACAUGAAAUUAAAAUUUUAAAAAAAGAAUUAAAUACUAUGAAUGCUUUAAAUGAUAAAAUAAAAAAAGAGAAGUUGUUGCUAUUAGAGGAGAUUAAAGAUCAGAAUUAUAAAAUUAAAAGAGAAAAAGAUAAAUUAAGAGUGGCUAAUAACUUAAUUUUAGAAAAAAAUAACUUAAUUUCAAAAUUACAGCUAACUAAAAAUGUCGAUAUUCCUUAUAAAGAACCUAAAAGCAAAAGGCAUAUAUUUCCAUAUAAAACAAAAAAUAAAAUUAUUGACAGAUAUCAAAGUGAUACAAUUUUAGAUAAUUAUGACAGAAUUAAAAAUAAAUUGUUUGAGAGUAAUGAAAGAUGUUUUUUUUUAUCAAAAACUAACUUGGAAUUGUUCAAAGGAUUAAAAAAGAAAAAAAAAAAAAUUGAUACCUUAAAUAAACAAAUGUCUUAUCUCAAACAUGCUUUAUUAAAAGGAAAAGAAAAACUAGAUCAAUUUUAUUCUCCUAUAUUAAAAGAAAAAGAUAUAAGUGAUGGAAAAAGUUCCAUUAAUAGUGAUUUUUCAUGUAAAAGCGAAAAUAUUUCGAAAUUAAUGAAUGAAAAGAAUUCAUCAGUUAUAGAAAAUAAUAAUAAAGCAUAUGAAUUAAAUAAUAAUGAAAGCCUAUGUAAAAUUAAAAAUUUAGAGGAAAUUUUAAAUAAUAAAAUUAAUGAGAAUAAUUUAUUAAAGAAAAAAUAUGAAAUCUUAUACGAAAAAUAUAUAAAAUUAUUAAAAAAGAAAUCAAGAAAAAACAAUGAUUUUACAUUUAUUGAAAAAAAAAUUGAAGAAAUAUCAUCCAAUAAUGGUGUAAUUCAUUCAUUUUAUUUGAAAAAAAGUCAAAACACUUCAAAAAAAAAUCUACGUAAGGAUAAUAAGUUAAUAAGUUAUAUAAAAGCAAAAGUUGUAGAUAAAAAUGUAAAUAUUGAUAAAUUUGGCUAUUAUAAAGAAAACAAUGAUUACGCCGAUGUGGAAUUUUAUGUUUCCAAUGAAAUUUUACGAAGAAUGGACGUAAAAGAUAUUUUAAGCAUAAGAUAUAUUUAUUCAUACGGAAACAAAAAAUUAACUAAAGAAUUUGAUCAAAAUAGAAGUAUUUGCAACUAUUAUAAAUGUAAAUGCUAA